AUGGCUUUCCUCGGUCUCCGCAAGUGGCCCACUCCUGUUCUCAAGCCUCUGUGGCCCUUCUUUGCCGCGACUGGCAUCACCUACUAUCUCGUCGCAAAAAUGCAAGACAUGGGUGUCAGAUCCGAGGCAUUCGCGAAGGACCCGCGCAACCCGUACGCGGCCCAGAUCGAGAAGGAGUCGGCGCACCAUUAG